AGCCCGUUCUCGGACUGCGUGCGGUUGGCCUUCGUGCUGUGCUACCUCGUCGAGGUGCUGAGUGGGAUCGCCUCCCGCGCUGCCUGCUGCCCCAUCUCUGCUGGGGUCGGGCCCGGGCGGCGCGCGUGGCCAUGCAGCGGAGGCGACGCGGACCGCGGGGGGGCCGAGGCGCGGAGGCGAAGGUCGCCGAG